AUGCAGCUCUCGACGACGGUGAUCACUACUUUGCUGUUCGCAUCACUUUCGACGAUAGACGCAGAGAAUUGCAGUGUUCGAGCAGUCGACGACGUUCUCCAGCCACUUGCGACCGACCCGAGCUUCGCCGGCUGCCAGAGCGACAGCAACUACACGCUGUUGUCCUUCGAGACCCCGACGGUCGCUCAGACCAGACGCUUCUGCGCAAGCUCCGCCUGUCACGCGUUGCUGAACAUUACGCUGUCUUCGAAAUUAUUGCCGGAUUGCAGCAUAACUGUCGGAGCUCUCUCUCUCAACUUGUCGGACGUCGUGAGUGCCGUCGCCUCCAAGUGCGCUCCAGCUCCGAAGAAAUUUCUGUCAGAGCGCGCUGUCGACAAAAGUGAACACCAGGGCAAGGUGCAACGAGCCUCGGACCACAUCACCUCCAUUUUAGGCCACACAGCGCCAAUGGACGACGUCGGGGGCGUCGCGGAACUUGCGGGUACGCUGCUGUCGCUGCUGCGGCGAUAG